AUGACAACGAAAAUGAACACAGCACAAAUUGAUUUUGAUCAACAACAUAUUGAACCACAAGAAAUUGAUUUAGAAGGUGAUAUGAGAGAAAUUCAAACUACUGCACCACCUCCACCUCAACAAGAACAUCAAAUAAACCAAAUGAAUAAUUCAGGAAUUCCAAGUGCUAAUUUAAAUCAUCAAAUAGUCCAACAAAUAAAUGGAGAACUUCCACCAGAAAUUGGUCAUUUAGAUGGAGAAAUUCAAAUAGGACAAGAAAUGACACCAGAAUUAUACCAAAUACGUAUGCAAAUGUUAGCUACAGGAAUUGAAAUGCAACCUAUUUUACCAGGUUGUCCAGAAAUAGAUGAACAAGCACAAUAUAUUACUCAAAUCCAAACAAUAGAAUUUAAACCAAAACAAGCUAAUAAAAAAGAAAUGGUAAAAGAUAAAGAUGGAGUAUUAUAUUAUUGUUAUACAUAUACAGUUAAAAAUAAAGAUGGUCAAGAUCAUAUGCAAAGAGUAUAUAUGAAAAAACAAACAAAUAAAAUUAAACCACCUAAAAUUUGUGAAGAAAAAAUUGAUGAUGGAAGAGUUGUUGUUAUUGAAAAAGAAAGAAAACUUACUAAACAACAUGAAUUAUUACUUACUUUUAUUCAAACACAUGAAGAACCAAUAAAAUUAUAUAAUAAAUUUGUUGUUUCAAGAGUAUUACAAGAUUUUAAAAGAGAAUAUCCUGAAAUUAAAAUUUCUUAUGGUUUAGUUAAAAAAGUAUUAGAACAACAAGGACUUCUUCCUCCUAAAAAAACAUAUUACAAACUUGAAUAA